CCAUAAAAAGCUCCGAAUCCUUCUUUCCCUUUCAUCUUCACUCCAAGUUCCACGACAAUGCCUUUCUCAGACAACAAUGGCGAUUCACAACCCUCCUCACCCCUUCUGUCCUCCACUCGACACUCCCAAUCCCAAUCCCAAUCAAACCCACGUUUCAAAACCUUCAUCAUCUUCUUCAUCUUCCUCCUCCUCGCCGUCACCGCCGCCAUUUCCGCCACCGGCACCGCCGCCGUAUCCUUCUCAUCUUCUUCCCCAGAGCUCUCCAGACCUCUAAAGAAGCUCAAAAAGCCCGUCGUGCUUCUCAUAUCCUCCGACGGGUUCAGAUUCGGUUACCAAUUCAAAACAAACACUCCCAACAUCAAUCUUUUGGCCCGAAACGGAACAUCUACGGAUAAGGGUUUGAUCCCUGUCUUCCCGACGCUGACUUUCCCCAAUCAUUACUCCAUCGCCACCGGACUCUACCCAGCCUACCAUGGCAUCGUCAACAACUACUUCACCGAUCCGGCCACCGGCGAGAAGUUCAGCCGCCAGAGCAAAGACCCCAAGUGGUGGCUCGGCGAGCCGCUGUGGGAGACAGCGGCGAACCACGGCCUGAAGGCGGCGGCGUAUUUCUGGCCGGGAUCGGAAGUGAAGAAGGGCAAAUGGGAUUGCCCUAAAGACUACUGUUUUCCGUACAACGAAACGGUGCCGUUUGAGGAAAGAGUCGACACAAUUCUGAGCUACUUUGAUUUGGCUGAAUCAGACAUUCCUUCCUUGAUCGCAUUGUAUUUAUCCGACCCUGAUUCUCAGGGGCACGACGUGGGCCCCGACGAUCCUCGGAUCAAUACGGCCGUGUCGAGGAUCGAUAGCGUCGUCGGACGAAUUAUCCAGGGGCUUAAAGCCCGGGAAAUCUUCGACGACGUGACAAUCAUUUUAGUCGGCGAUCACGGCAUGGUCGGCACGUGCGACAAGAAGCGUUUGUUUCUUGACGAUCUUAAAAAGUGGAUUGUGAUACCGCCGGAGUGGAUGGAGACCGACUAUCCGGUGCUCGGGCUUCGCCCGCCGGCCGGAAAUUCGUCAGAGGAAAUUGUGCGAAAAAUUAAAGAGGGUCUUAAUUCCGGUGAAGUUGAGAAUGGCGAAUUUCUUAAAAUAUAUUUGAAAGAGGAGUUGCCUAGCCGGAUGUAUUAUAACGAUAACGAUCGAAUCCCGCCGAUCCUCGGGUUGCUUGAGGAGGGGUUUAUGUUGGAACCGAAAAGAAACAAGGAAUUGUUUUGUGGGGGUGCACACGGUUAUGACAACACGUUGUUUUCGAUGAGGACGAUUUUUUAUGCGCACGGGCCGCGGUUUGGGAGGGGUCGGGUAGUCGGGUCGUUUGAGAAUGUGCAAAUAUAUAAUAUGGUUGCGACUAUUUUGGGCAUUCCGGGAGCUCCGAAUAAUGGCUCGGCGACGUUCGCAAAUAGUGUUUUGUUGCCGAAGCAUUGAAUUGAAAUUUGCUGUUAAAAGUUGUUGUACGCAGAAUGGCAACAAGUAUUGAUGUGAUGAUAAAAUAGUUUGGAGUAGAAAUAAGAGCUUGUGUGGCUAUGUACUAAUGAUUCACUUGCUGCAUUCAGAUUCUCUCCUGAUUUGGCCAAGUUAAAAUGAUAUUUAUUUAAUUGAAUAUACAUAUAAAAUAA